AUGAGUAUGGCUCUUCUGUUUGGAGCCUUAGGGGCCUUAGCCUUCAUUACUAGAACUGGAUGUACAGACAAUACAAAUGGUCUGGGUCAAGAUGGUGUACCAGAGAUAGAGUAUACCGACAUUGACCUUGGGCUGACGCAGAGAGGCCCUUACUUUGACGUCCCCUACUCGAAGAACGUCACUGCCCUAGUGGGGAAGACUGCACAACUCAACUGUAGGGUUCAUAACCUCGGAAAUCGAACAGUAUCAUGGAUCAGACAUCGGGACAUUCAUCUGCUGACUUCUGGGAGGAUGACGUACACCUCAGACCAGAGAUUCAUCAGUGUUCAUAACCCACAUACAGAGGACUGGAUCCUUAAGAUAAGGUUUCCGCAACGAAGAGACUCUGGUAUCUACGAGUGCCAGGUCGGAACCACGCCACCUAUCGGACAUCGGAUGUACCUCUCUGUUGUUGAACCGCUAACAACAAUACUGAAUGGACCAGAGCUGUUUAUCAACACAGAGAGCACAAUUAACCUCACAUGCGUUGUACAACACUCGCCGGAACCACCUCCAGCUAUUCGGUGGACACACAAUGACGAGGAAAUCAACUACGAUUCACCCCGCGGUGGUGUCUCCGUAAUUACGGAGAAGGGCGAAAUGACAACUUCACACCUUUUGGUGCAGAAGGCGCGGGGUACGGAUUCCGGAAGGUACACCUGUGCUCCAGCUAACGCCAACCCCAGAUCAGUUCUCGUCCAUGUUCUUAGUGGAGAACACCCAGCCGCAAUGCAACACGGAGGCCAGUUGCGUCUGCAGUAUCCCCUUCCUGCAGCCCUCCUCAGCGUGAUUGUUGCCCUCAUGGGUUGCUAG